CACGGGCUCGGCCGGCCCCCGCGCCCAGGCGGCUGCUCCCUGCUGACUGGGGUGUGGGCGGGAGCGGCGGAGGGAGGAGGAGGCGCUGCUUGCCGCCGCUGUUGCCUCCGCUGCUGGGCGCCGGGGCAGCUUCCCGGGUAUCUGCAGCCGCCAUGGACGAGCAGGCGGGUCCCGGCGUUUUCUUCAGCAACAACCACCCGGGCGCCGGCGGUGCCAAGGGGCUCGGGCCUCUGGCGGAGGCUGCCGCGACCGGCGACGGGGCGGCCGCGGCGGGGGCGGCCCGAGCCCAGUACAGUCUCCCGGGGAUCCUGCACUUCCUGCAGCACGAGUGGGCCCGCUUCGAGGUGGAGAGAGCCCAGUGGGAGGUGGAGCGGGCGGAGCUGCAGGCCCAGAUUGCCUUCCUACAGGGAGAAAGGAAGGGCCAAGAAAAUUUGAAGAAGGAUCUUGUGAGGAGGAUCAAAAUGUUGGAAUAUGCUCUUAAACAGGAAAGAGCCAAAUACCACAAGUUGAAAUAUGGGACAGAAUUGAAUCAGGGAGAUAUGAAGCCUCCAAGCUAUGAUUCUGAUGAAGGUAAUGAAACAGAAGUGCAGCCACAACAAAACAGCCAGUUAAUGUGGAAACAAGGUCGACAACUACUCAGACAGUAUCUACAGGAGGUGGGUUAUACAGAUACUAUUCUAGAUGUGAAAUCUAAACGAGUGCGAGCUUUGUUGGGCUUUUCAAGUGAUGUCACUGACAGGGAAGAUGACAGAAAUCAGGACUCAGUUGUAAAUGGCACAGAGGCUGAAGUUAAAGAGACAGCAAUGAUUGGAAAAUCAGAGUUAACAGAUUCUGCCUCCGUGCUGGAUAAUUUCAAAUUCCUUGAAAGUGCAGCUGCAGAUUUCAGUGAUGAAGAUGAAGAUGAUGACCUUGAUGGAAGAGAGAAAAGCAUCACUGAUACUUCAACAAUUGUUAGGAAAAAAGCAUUGUCUGACAGCAGUGAAGAUCGAGAUACAAAAGAAGCUCUAAAGGAGUUUGACUUCUUGGUUACAUCAGAGGAAGGAGACAAUGAAUCUAGAAGUGCAGGCGAUGGAACAGACUGGGAAAAGGAAGACCAAUGUCUCAUGCCUGAAGCCUGGAAUGUGGACCAGGGAGUAAUUACCAAACUCAAGGAACAAUACAAAAAGGAGAGAAAGGGGAAAAAGGGGGUGAAGAGAAAAACUACUGAAGAUCUGUUUCAGCCUCUAUCCUAUAUAAAACAGUCAAAACAGGGAUGUGGGAGAAUGAAGAAUCAAAGUUCAGGGCCCAAUAGGUCAAAACUCCAAGAUAUGCUUGCUAAUUUGAGAGAUGUUGAUGAACUUCCUUCAUUGCAGCCAUCUGUGGGUUCACCUUCCAGACCCAGCAGCUCCAGGCUUCCUGAACAUGAAAUUAAUAGGGCAGAUGAAGUGGAAGCAUUGACAUUUCCUCCUUCUUCUGGAAAGUCAUUUAUCAUGGGAGCAGAUGAAGCCCUUGAAAGUGAACUGGGACUUGGAGAACUAGCAGGCCUUACGGUGGCCAAUGAAGCAGACUCACUAACUUACGAUAUAGCAAACAAUAAAGAUGCAUUGAGGAAGACAUGGAACCCUAAGUUUACAUUGAGAAGUCACUUUGAUGGCAUCCGAGCCCUUGCUUUCCAUCCCAUUGAGCCUGUUUUGAUAACAGCAUCAGAGGAUCACACAUUAAAAAUGUGGAAUUUACAGAAAACAGCCCCAGCCAAAAAGAGCACUUCUCUUGAUGUAGAACCUAUCUAUACAUUCAGAGCCCAUAAAGGUCCAGUGCUUUGUGUGGUAAUGAGCAGCAAUGGUGAGCAGUGUUACAGUGGUGGUACUGAUGGACUGAUCCAGGGCUGGAAUACCACUAAUCCCAACAUCGAUCCCUAUGAUUCUUAUGAUCCUUCUGUUUUACGAGGCCCUCUGCUAGGCCACACGGAUGCAGUCUGGGGUCUGGCUUAUAGUGCAGCACAUCAGCGUUUGUUGUCCUGUUCAGCAGAUGGCACUCUGCGUGUAUGGAAUACAACUGAGGUUGCUCCAGCACUAAGUGUAUUUAAUGAUACUCAAGAAUUGGGAAUCCCUGCCUCUGUGGAUCUAGUAAGCAGUGACCCGAGCCAUAUGGUAGCAUCAUUCAGCAAGGGAUAUACAAGCAUCUUUAACAUGGAAACACAACAACGCAUUCUCACUUUAGAAUCCAAUGUAGAUACAACAGCCAACUCUUCCUGCCAAAUAAAUAGAGUCAUCAGUCAUCCUACUCUUCCGAUCAGCAUCACUGCUCAUGAAGACAGGCACAUCAAAUUCUAUGAUAACAAUACAGGCAAACUGAUCCACUCAAUGGUAGCCCACCUAGAAGCUGUUACAAGUUUAGCAGUUGAUCCUAAUGGCCUUUACUUGAUGUCUGGCAGUCAUGACUGUUCAAUACGUUUAUGGAAUCUAGAAAGUAAGACGUGUAUCCAAGAAUUCACAGCUCAUCGAAAAAAGUUUGAAGAAUCGAUUCAUGAUGUAGCUUUCCACCCAUCCAAAUGCUAUAUAGCCAGUGCUGGAGCUGAUGCACUGGCUAAAGUCUUUGUAUGACGCAAUGCAUCAUCUUCACCUUCUAGCUGUUUAUAAGUAAUCAACUGCACAAAAGAGAUACAGAAGACGAGGGCAAGAAUCAACUCGUCCUGCCCUUUUGUUCUGCUGAAGGAGCACAGAGAACAUUUGUUGAAGUAUAGUUUUGCAAUUCAUAUACUGUUUUCUAAAACUAAGGUUUGUUCAGGUUGCUGCAAGCUCAGCUGAAUCUGUGAGCCUGAGGUCUGUUUCAAAUUUCCCCCUAAUAGGCGUCUUUAUUUCUGAGGUUGUUCUAAUUCGCUAGGCAGGCCUGAGCGAAUACAAGUUUAGCUUGUCCCGGUUGAGUAAGUAGGGCAUGCUACAAUUGAUAAUUAAAAAGCUCGAUAACUGGGACUGAAUAGAAGAAAACGGGAAAGUUAGACCAAGUUCUCCCCUGCGAAAUCUUAUUAAACACAUUAAAUAGUCAAAAUAGUAAUCUUUAUCAUAUCUGCCUUAUUAACCCCUUUGUGUAUAAUGACCACGCAGUGUUAAGCUGAGUUUUUAAUUUGGCUCUCCUUUCAACUGUUCACAUAAAGCACCUGGCAAAGUGUUUUACCUGUUAGGGGGAGAAAAAUGCAAUAAUAUGUUAAAUAUAUUAUUAUUCAGAAAUGCUAAACAAAUAGUUUGCAAGCAGAUUUCUAUAUUGUAUUACAGUUUUGAAAAUAGAUUUGGUAUCAUUCUGAAGUUUAGCUAUCAAGCAUUCACCAUUGUGAAGAAUAGUUGAUUGACUCUGCUUUUACUAACAGAUUUAACUUAUUCAGGUUUGAAAUUCUGUUUAUUUUUAAGGGUAAACAGGGCAUAUCUCUUUAAUAAUUUCUAUUUAAAAUUCACUUUAUUCAUGUGACAUUUAUAGUACCAGAGUGAUUAUUUCAUACCAAUGAAAUCUUACUUUUCAGUGACUGAAAAAAUAGAAGUUAUUUGCUAAUAGUCAUUUAUCAGCACCCACCUAAUCAUGCUUCAGAUGAUCUGUGCUCUUUCUUCUUUGUCAUAUUCAAGUUAUCUGACAUCUACCAAGAAUAGUUCAUAAUUAUUAAGAGUCCAAAGAGUAUGAUUAACUUCACGCAGCUGCUUUUGCAGAAGUACUAAUAAAAAUAAAUGUUUUGUACCCAAAAGUCCUCUAUUAAUCUCUCUAAGAAGAAUCUCCUGGAAAUCUGGAUGAAAGAGUUUAAUGCCAAAUAUUGACUAAAAAGUUCUGUCUGUCUCCCUAUUCCUCCCCCAUUGUUUAAUUGAGAUAUACAUGUUUUAAUGGGCAGUUUAUCUGUAUUGUUUCUAGGGAAAUCCACACCUUAAAAGGCGAGGCUUCCCCAGCCCAACUUACCUGUGACCCACCUACAUGUGGUCAGCUUUUGGGAUUCUGAGGACCCCGCUAUCUAGACCUAGUCCUCUGUCAUACCUUAUUUCUGUAGCCGUUAUGUCUCUCUUCAUACUCUUUCUUCUUUGUCCCAAAUAACAGAGACCAAUCUAGAAAUUAGAAAUAAAUUAUUAAUGUCCAACUUGCCACCAAAAAUAUAGACUCUUAGAUUUUAAAAAUAUUAAAUCUAUAAAUAUUUUAACCAGUUAAAACAAUUUCUACAUAUUCCAUUCCCUACAUUUUCCAUCGUCACAACAAUGAUGCUUCUAUGAUAUGUACAUCUUCUUCAGAAAGUAUUCUGGUGGUGAUGUGGCUAAUGAUUGACAGUAUUUUUGUAAAAUUUCUGCUUGUUUGCCUCUGGAAUUCUGCAUUAUACAGGCAGAUUUUCUUUAAAGCUAAAGACCUGUGCUAAAUUUGCAUGAUUUUCAUACAGAUAGGCUGUAGUAUUUUAAUACAGCUACCUUUUCAUUGCAUCUUUGUGCUUUGGUUAACAGGAAAGCUCAAGAGACUCCAUUGUGUACUUAAAUGAAUUGACCUACACAUGGGCUAUCAGGUGAAUACUUAUAUUUCCAUGCAGAUACAGAAUUCCAUAUUAUGUUCAGUAAAUUUGUUUUGGUUCUUCACAGUGAAGAAAGAAUGUUUCUAACCCAACAUUUGUAGAAGGAUACUGGAAAAUUCCUUCGAGGAAGGAAGGAAGGAAGUUGCCAUUACUUGGUGUGUUUAUGAUGGAUGACCAUAAAGCUAUUGUUCUCAGUUAUUGUUUUAAUUACCUUCUAAGAUCUUCAGUACCUGCUUUACUAAUGUCACUGAAAUUCUAAAAACCAAGACAUUCUUCCCCUGUUCAUUUUAUGCUUCAUGGUUGAAAUUUUUCUGUCAGUGAGUGGAAAAUAACCAUGAGAUACAUUGACUGUAGUGCAAAUGGAACUGUUGAAAGUUCCUUAGAAAGCCAGUGCUGUGGCAUUGGAGACUAUAGAGAGAGUCUUCUCUACCAGCAGUGCAUGAUCUCAGCCUAGAAAUGAGCCAAAGCUGUCUUCCAACCAGAGUAGCAUAUACAUGUGUCUGACUUUUCCCCUAGCCUGUUGAACAUUCAAUGAAAAUUCACGGAAUGAACAAAUUCAAUGUUUAAGCAGCCAUUGAAAUGCUUUCGUAGAGCUUCAUUUGUAAAUAUCUUGUUUGAAAUGUAUUGGAAUAGUAUGAAAAUUAGCAGGAGGUUUGGAUCCCUGCCUUAUUUUCAUAUGCUAUGGAUACAUCUCUGGGAGCUUGCAGCACCCUUCUCAAAACUCAACUGUCAUAUGGAGCUCAUUUGCUACUCAAACCAUAGACAGAUUAUUUAACAGAAGUGAUAUAAUGACCUUCAGUAUUUUUCUAUUGAACAAGUUUAACAACUUUUGCCAUUAAACAAAUACUUAGUUAUGCAAAGUAUUUAGCUUUUAUAAUCAUUUUAGUUAUGACUAAAAGGGGGGAAAUUGAGCUGCAUCACUGAUGAUGAACUUUGUGAGAAAUUUUUUUUUAAUCUGACUUUCAUUCCUUCAGUAUUCUUGCUAUAAAUUUCUUUUGGAGAUAAUGAUGAAGAUUUAUUUGAAAAUGUCUAAAAUGUAUGUAUAUUUUAUAAGUAUAUAUUAUAUAUAUUGUAAGAAUAUAUAUAAUAUAUAAACUAUAUAUAUAUAUAUAUAUAUAUAAACCAUAGGUGCAUUUUACUGUUUUGUAAUUUCAUUUUUGGAGGUAGUAUACACAGCAGAUAAUGAUGAGUAUGAUGAGUGUUGUACUGUUUGCUUUUGCAGUAUAAUAUAUAGUUCUAAAUGUUUAAAUUACUGUAUAUACAAUAUUCAUUAUAGGCUAGCAUGCUUGUUUUAAAGACUGUCAUUCUAGUGUAUUAAAAUCUGAAUGUAAGAAAACCUGGCUAUUCAAAUGUGAAUUGAAAAAUAUUUCAUUCUCAGUACUGAACUAUUUCCAUUGAACAUUCAGGCUUUUUAACAAAAACAAGUAUCAUCAAGAAGGCAAUAGCUAGAAAAUGAGAGGUGCCUUUAAAAAAAACAAACAAAAAAAAACAAAUGCAGCCUUACAGUGAGGAUGAAGAUUGAGUUGGGGGCGGGGGUGGGAGGGGGGGCACAGAGAGAGAGAUUGUUAAUGUGUGUGCGCAUGCAUGCGUGUGUGUGUGUGUUUACCAAUCUGUGAAGGUCCUGAUUUGUGACCAUCAAUGUCUUUUUAAUGUAUCUGCUCAACUUCUAGGACUUCAGGGGACAUUUCAUGCGCUUUGUGCUCUUGAGCACCAUAUAUACUUUCCAAGAAUUUUGAAUGUGAAUUCCUAGAAAUUUCAGUAGAGAAAAAAAUAGCUAUGCUUUAAUUAUAGUACAGUUCAGGUAGAAGGAGAAAUUAUUGGUUCACCAAAAUUAUGGGAUCUCAUUACUGUUGGCUGAGUAAAUGCAACUUUUUAAAGGCUCACUUUUUAAUACUUCAUGUAUUUCCCUCUUACAAAACUGCAUGUCAUGAAGUUCUUAUGUGAUAAAGAUUCAACUAGUAAAUAUUUUUAGGUUAAUUACCUGAACUAGUUAAAAUUCCACCUAAAAAGAGUCUUAAAAUAUUUAAAUGGCAUCUCUCAUAUCUACCUCUUUGUCAUUGCUGCCAUUUUAACUGAAGCAAAUCUUUAUGACAUCUGAAAUGACGGUUGGAUGCAAUUUAAAAAAAUCUAUGUUGGUGCUUUUCUCAGGCUUUGUCAUUUAAGUUAUAUUGUAUUAAGGUGUCACAAAUCAGAUUGAAAGGCUCAGAAUUAAUUUUGUUUUUCUUUGAAAGAAUUGCUUAAAAUUAACCAUCAAUGUUGUUAGUGAGUGGAGAUACUGCCUCGUUGGUGUAUGUCUGUGUGAUGUUUUCAACCAAUAGCCAAAUAAUUAUUGAACUUACAUGAAAAAGAGUUCUGAGUAUAAUUUUAUUCAGAUUACUUUAUUCUUUGAAAGUGACUACAAGACUAUUAAGUACAUAAUCAUUCAUUUUAUUUACUCAGAAGUUGCCUCUCCAUUACUGUUAACUUGUUUAGUUAUUUAUAUAAUUGCAGUACUUUAAGUGUUGGACACUGGGAUUCAGGUUGUACAAAGUAGUAGCUGACAAAAAAUAUGUAUAUUUUUGUGAAAUGUAUCAAACCCUAAAGUUCAUUUUAGAGAAAGGCCCAGAAAACAUAUCUGUGUUUAAAAACAAAGGACAGGUCAUUCGUCAAUAAUUUGAAUCAUUUUUACUUUUGCCAGUACAAACUUUGUAAUUGGCCAUAUCCAUCAUCCAACUGGAUCUUCAUGUCAGUGUAAGGGAUGCCAGGUUGACAAAGUAUUUAACAGAUCCUUUACAUCAGUUUUUGUUUUUUGUUUUUUUUUAAUUCUAUAGAAAGCAAAUGUUUGGCCAAACAGAUCCCUAAAUCCCACUCAUUGAUUCUGGCAGUAUUCCUAAAGUGGUGCUUAGGGGGUCGGAAUUUUGUGGAUCUUUGCUAAUCCAAGCUUUAGAUUUAAUUUAACCGGGACCACAUGCUUGUCAUCCCUCUGAUGCAAAUUUUCAAAAUCAUUUUAAUUUAGAUUCUAAUGUCUGCCUGGGUUUUUAACAGGCUGUGAACCAGUGAGUGCCUUGUUAAUGUAGAAUGAUUUUUUUUUUCACCCUGGGUGGGUGUUAGUUAGCUCCUCUCUGAAAAUGUCUCAGAGAAUGGUAUUUUAAUUGACUUGUAGAGAGCUGCUAAAUUUGUUAUUAUCAGCAAUCAGAAAGUCUUUGGUCUACCACACAUCUCCCUCCCUACUAUCUCUUCAUUGUUUGGCUGAAGUUUGCCUCUUGUGAGAAAACAAUACAACUCCCUUUCUCCACACACUUUUUUUCUAGCCCAGAUUAAUAGGUUUCCCCUACCCCCAUCCCAACUCUAUGAUCUAAUACCUGUUUUUAGGAGGAACCUCUUCUUUUUAAUAGUGAAAUAUGCUGGUUAUUUUAUGUUUUCUCAAGUUCAGUUCACUAGAGCUGGCCACAGGGUGUCAUCAAUUCAGAUUCCUAAAUAAUCCUUUCUCUCCACACCCAAUCAUCCAGCUGGUGAGCCCUGGGCCAGAUUGUUUGAUCUUCAGGUAUUUUAAAUUUUAGUUACAUCAAUUAAUGUAAAUUAAUCCAAAUGCUAAGUUUUGUGGUGCAAGAAGUUUCUUUUGUAAAUUCAGGGUAUGGAUAAGCUCAUUAAGAUAUCCAUCUUUGGUGGCUCUAAGUGUAUUAUUUGUUUUUAAAUAAAGUGUACAAAUAUAGAUAACGUGCUAUAGGUGUCUCAUGAAUUGGAAUAUUUGUCAGAUUUGGGAUCUAGCUGUGACUUUACAGUGAAUCAGUUAAAUUAACAUAGUCUCAUCUGGGGCUUCUGGGGGAGGAGUCGUAGAGGCGUGCAGAGAAAUAAAAGGAUAUUAGACAAAGUA